UCAUCAAUCGGCCUAGCGUCUCCGGUAAUGAUCUGUCAAUCAUGGUCGGUAUGGCCAGUCAUCGUCUGGCGUCAUUAUCGAUGCGGCCAUCGCGUGAUCCAAAUGAUCGGCGGUGAACGACAGCGACUGCUCCGGUAGUCUUUCCCCAGUUCGGACUGAGCGAGAAGUCGAGUCGGACUCCUGACGGAGAGGACGAGUCGUCGACGCCGCAACAGGGCAGCAGCAACAGCACGCAGCGGCAGCAGUCGCCAAUCGUCGUCGGACAAGUGCGGUCCAUCUCGGAGUGCUUUUUUUUUUUUAUCCUUCACACUGCGAGGAGAGGAUACCGCCUUAUAUCUCGACCCGCUUAUCGAGAGGGUAUCGCGCAAAUUAAGUGAUACCGCGUAUCUCGAGCAAGAGGAACAGGGAGGAAUCAAAAUAUCGCAGCUUUUUCUCUGCCGUUCAACAUUCAGGAGAAAAUAUGUCGACGGAGGAGAAGUUUAACGCCGCCGUGAACGUCAUCAGGAACCUGCCGAAAAAUGGAGCGUACCAACCUAGCCACGAGAUUAUGCUGCGUUUUUAUUCAUACUACAAACAAGCAACUGAGGGGCCUUGCCAACAAUCAAAACCUGCAUUUUGGGAGGUAGUCAAGAAGGCGAAAUGGGAUGCGUGGACUCGUCUUGGUAACAUGAGUCGUCUAGAAGCCAUGAACAAUUAUGUGGAGGAAUUGACAAGAAUUGUCGAAACCAUGUCUUACACGGAUAAUGUGGCAACGUUCCUUGGCAGUUUGGACUCGUUUUAUGAAAGUGUACCAGCCGAAGAUUUGGAAUUACUCGUGGGACCAGUAUUGGAACGUAUACGCUCUCAACCAGGAUCACCAUUGUCUGGUUCGCCAUUAGCAUCCAGAGAAACGUCACCUCAUAGAGUUUGCAGCACUUCUCGGCACAUAACAAGUAGUUUAGAAACCAGUCCGACCAGCAGUCGCACUGCAAGUCCGUUGCCACAAGACACUGAUGGCGAGGAAGAAGAAUUUAUAGAUACUGUUGAGUCAGCACCAGAAAGAAUGCAAAAAGAUGCAUCUAAAUCCGCUGCUGCUCCUCAAAAGGUACAAAUUGCAGCAAAUAAUAAUGGCAUUGAUAAUUCAAGUACAGAGAAUGUUAUAAAAGAAACCACCGAAUUGACUAAUGGAUACGUUAAUGGUCAUGUGGAGACGAUACAGGAGAGUCAGCGAGAGCGAGGUAGACAGAGAACGAAAAAAGACGAUGGUAAAAUCAAUACUGAGUUUUUGAAUCAAAUUGCGACAACUAUGCAGCAUUUGCAGAGAGAUCUGGAUCGAAUAACAGCUAGAGUACGAAGCUUAGAAGGACAAGCUUUGCAAGCAAUGGCACCACAAACAGAAAACACUGUUAGACGUACAUACGCAAGAUGGUGGCCUUUGCAGGAAUGUUCGCCGCGUUUGUUCGCCUUACUAAUUUUAUGGCCAUUCGUCGCUCAUCUGUUAAUCAACUUUACGCAACGGUAUCGCCAACGAAGACUGUGAUGCUACGGCUGUUAUUCAUAUACAGCUGACAACCUAUUUCCAUUAUUCGAAUUUAAUCUAAUGUUCGGUUGUAAACGUACAUACUUUUUAAUUUUAUAUUUCUUAUAGAGGUGAAGAGCGCUGUUCUAAUGCAAUCUACGAUUACAUUAGUAAACGUGAAUUGUGAUAAAACUUGACUAGAUCAGUCUCUAUAUAUUUUUGCAUAUGCGACCUGUUUCGGAAGUUGCAGAUUUUCUCUUACACAGAUAGAUUAAUUCUCUGCUCAAUAAUCGAUUAAUCUUCAGCAAAAGUUUUACUCAAAAGUCAUUUUUAUCUGCAGUUAUGCUAAAUAAGAAAUUAACAUUCUAUUAAAAUAAAAUUUAAUAGCUGAACUUGUUGACAUUACAUUUUUAU